AUGAGGAACGGCAGAGAAGGGGACCGGGGAAGGGAGGCCGGCGAGGGAAGUGGCGAGACUCCUGCCGGCAACAGCAGCCUUAAUCUCGAAUGGCGAUUCAACCAGACUCUCAGAAACGUCCAAGGGUACCCUUCCCCUUCUCUGAAUCUCCGAUGACGGCAAUUCGUCGCGUUAUUCUACUCCAUUUCCUAAACAGUGCGUGGAAAGUUACUCCACAUCUCCGUUGCUUCUAUGAUCUGUUUUGCUCCGGUGGCCUCUUGAUGCGAGGACCUGCACGUGUUCGUCUGUAGUCUUGAGCGACAUGCGAGCCGCAGAAUUUUUUGAUACAUCGAUGAAUUCCACUUCGCAUAAAAUUUCUCGCCUUUGAUCACUUCGUUGAGUCUGCUGGGUCACGAUGAUGUUCGUGGCUCGUCCGUUUCCCAGAAUCCCGCCGAGCUCGAGAAAUCACUUUUAUUCUGAAUGGAUCUGCUGAAUAUAUUUACUGUAUGUCUAAGCAUGGAAACAUUGGAAAGUAUGAAAGUAUAUAUUGUGGAACUUCCCUCGUGCAUUUUGGAUUUCAGUCACUUUGUCCGAUUGAAUCUUGGUGAUAAUUUGUUUGUUUUUUGUAUUCCGGUUACAUAAUUUCAUGUCAUCAUUCUUCCCAGGUGGGCCAUUUUUCUUUCGGAGCUAAUUCGUAAUCAAUUACGUCCGAUGUCUGAUUUUUCUCUGAACAGCUGAAAAUUUCUAUUUAAUAUUACUAAUCAAGAUAAUGAACUCUUCGUGUUUACUUUUACCUGAUAAACUGGUCAAUAGAGCUCAAAAUGAGUUUCAAGUAAUUUACAAUAAGUGACGUUUUUGCAUUAAGUUAUUAUUUUGCACUCAGUCUAUAAUAGAUUUAAAAGUUAGAAUCCACUCGAAAUAAAGUUAAGCUUUUAAUCACAUGUUAUUUUUUCAACAUCAUAGAUAGUAUAUCUAGAGACAGCAUACAAGAAAUAGGACAUUAUUUUCUCAUUUUACAUGCCCUGAUUCUCAAGUGAAAAAGAAAGUGUUUCUCAAGUUUCUACAUGGUCAUGGGUCAUUGGAGAGCCCCCAAAACGGGGUAUAGGAACAUGCGUCUCCAUUCACCUUGCUAUUGAUUGGAACAUUAUUUGGACCAAAUUUAUUUACAUUAUGUUUUCACAACUUCCGGCAGGAAUAUGAAUUUGUCUCUGUUUGUGCUAAUUCUCGUUGAUCUCCUGUAGUGAUUUUAUGACUGCAUUUGAAUUUUAUACUUUAUUGUGCAUAGUCUUUUUUGUGCUUACAUCUUUUUAGCGAUACAUGAUGGCCAUCUUCUUACCAUCUUGUCAAUAAAGCUGUCUUCUAAUCAAGAAGUAUCUGAUAACGAGAGAUUAAAUAUCUGUCUGUCGGGUAGACAUGCAUUUUGAAUUAUUCAUUUGACGAAGAAAUGGAAAUGUUUUUAUCACCAACUGUUUUCUAUGUAGCCAGGUUACUCAAAGGUCGCACUUUUCCUGGAAAGAUUCUGUUGACACGAAAAUCUGAACCUCACAAUGACCCUGUUUCGCUUGAACCAUCCCCAGAAUUGGGAAGGAGUUACUCCGAAAAUGAACUUGGGUCAAGUGAGUCAAUCAACAGCGGUUCAGAGGUAAUCUACUUCAAGGGUCUAACGUUUAAAUUGAAGUCCCUAUUAAAGUCAUAAAUUUUGGCUUCACAAUAAGGAAUGAUUACAUCAAUUACAUUAGGGGUCUGCACAAGUGUCUGGUGAUAUGAUAAACAACACGAAGCUUCAAAAGACGAAGUCAUCAAUCACGUUCGGUGAAGGUUCGUCGCCAGAUGUUCAGAGGUCUAUUUCAGAAGGUAGAUCAACAGACUCCGCAAGACUUACUAAAUUUACAAAAGAACUAUCUGGACAGACUGUUGUCUUAGGUAUGUUUCUCACCAGCUGACUGUUGCAUGUGUUUUUCCUCCCCUUCAUAAAAUCACAUGCUCAGAUAUUUGCUUUUGGUUCCAUCUUGUCCAUUAAUUUAUUUUAUCACACAAAUCGACAAAUUCGUGAGCAAUAGUUCUUUUUUUGUAACACCAUGCGAUUUUAUCACGAAUUUGUUACUUUACAAAUUCGUGUCCAUAAAAUCGCAUGGUGUUACUUUAGUUCUUUUUUGUUACUUUACACAGAGGCAAUAGCUAAUAAAUUGCCUCUGUGUGUCUGUGUGUGUGUACACAUGCAUCUGUCAGAUUAUUAGGAGAUUUGUCUAAUCGUAGCCUUCCUAUCUCACCCCCUGUUGCAGAACACCAUGCGGCCCAAUAUGGAAUUUAUGGGCCCCAAGUCUAAUGAUUGUCUUUUUUUCUCCACCAAAUUAGGUCGUCUGUUGUAUGAUCGAAGUACACAAUAACUUAAUGGGCCAAUAUCCUAGUCUAAUUUAACACUGCACGACGCAUGCCUAAUUUGUACAUCGUUUGUAGUGGAAGUGGACAUUUCUUUGAAAAUAUAAAGGAAAAAUCAUAAAUAAGGUUUUGCAAAUGUUAAUACUAAUUUUAUUUUUUUUCCAAGAUGAUAGAUCAUAGCUGCGUGAAGGAAAAUAUAAAGAUCCUGCUUCAUUUGAAUAAAAGUUUGAGGUCCUAAAAUUUGAGUUCGAAGGUUCUGGUUGGCAACAACUUUAGGGAGAUAUUAGAUGCCAUUAAACCCAGGUUUGAAUUCUGAUGCUUUAACUUUAGUAGACUGUUAUUGACCUAAUAAUUGAAAGAUUAAAAUUUUCCACAGGGACCUGAAAUCUUUGCUUUAAAAUAAAUAAAUAAAAAUAUAUAUAAUUGUUCAACUGUUUAAUAAUGUUUAACGACUACCACAGUAGUUGGCGAUAGGUGGUACCAAUGGUAGCUGUUGACGGAGUUGGUGGCAUGGCUGCAUGUGAUUGACUUCGGUAGUAAAUGUAUUGGUUUGAGACCAGUUGUCGGAGGCAACGAUGGUAGGUAUAUAACUUUGCUAGCACUCACCAAGUCCUUUGCUGAGUGAUGUUGAUGUUGGUUGUUGGUAGCAGGGAUAGUUCACAGCAGUAUUCAAGGGUGAUGCCAAUUAAUUGGAGUUAGUAUCGGUGAGAAGCAACCAUUGGUCAUCAGUGUUGGGGUAGUGGCAUGGCCUUCCUAGUCAAUUAGCAUAAAUUGGUAGAGGUCAAUCUGUUUUCUUUUCUUCUUUUUCGCCUCUCAUUUAAAUAGAUUUUCCGUCCACUUUUUUCCAGCAUGAUGGAUGUUCUUUCUUUCUUUGGUGAUCCCUAUAAUGGUUUGGGCUGGGAAUAAACUGAUUCGACCGAUAUUGGUCAAUGGUAGCUAGUCCCAUAUACAUUUCAAACGGAUCAGAUUUUGCACCCUAGAGAAUUGACAACCUGAGGCUGAUUUUAACCCAAAUCGGCUAACUAUUAUCAAAAUAAAACUUUUUUCAUUGUGCCUUCUGCGCUUCACUCAAACCUUCUGUUGUGAUUCCUCUCCGGUUGAGUGGAUUAAUCACCAUAUUUCUUUUUGCUUUGUUGGCAGACUAAACGUAAUGUAUAUAUUUAAUUGAAGUUUAACUCGAUGUUCCAUUUUAUUUUUUAGCUACUGAUAUAAUAUCACGUCAUGAUUUACCUCAGAAAACUUACGUGAGUUAGCAUGGAGCGGGAUUCCUCCAUAUAUGCGUCCAAACAUAUGGAGACUUCUUUUGGUAUGUUCUAUAGAAUACGAAAGUUAAGAUAUCACAUUAGUUGGAAAUACAUUUGGAGUACUGUUGAAUCUAAGUUUCACAGAAUAAAUGUUAUAGCUUACCCUCGCCAUAGUUUCUGAUUUUGCAGAUGCUAUGCCAAUGGUUGUGACAUAAACUUUUUAUUUUUUAUUUUUUCUUAUACUGAAAUUAUAUUUAUAUGUUUUUUUUUUAAUUCAAGUGAAUGGGCUGGCAUGAAUCUGUUGUAUCAAAAUUCAUAGGAUGAGUGGCAUCCUCGCCAGUCUAGGUUAACAGCAUUUCGUCUCACAUUGUGUCCACUUAAAGCCAUUUCAUACCAAAUUUUCUAAUCAAUGCUGCUGUGUAAUCUUUGCCCGUGGCUGCUUCAGUUACUUUUCUUCGUUUUGAUUUAAUGGUGUUCAUGACUUAUGUCACCAUUUUUGUUAGACAACAGCAUUAUUAGUUUUGUACUUUCUCUUGUAUUGUCUGUGUUGUUCUCUGUGUUCGAAUUUUUAAAUGUCAACUGACAACAGGGAUAUGCACCACCUAAUUCAGAUCGAAGGGAGGGAGUUUUGGCGAGAAAGCGGCGUGAAUAUCUUGAAUGUGUUUCUUUGUAUUAUGAUAUUCCUGAUUCUGAACGAUCUGAUGAUGAGAUCACCAUGCUUCGUCAGGUAGCUUUGGGUUUAAUUUUGAUGGCUUCAGAAAUUUUUUUCUCCUUACAGCAGGCUCACGGUCAGUAUUGCUUACAAUGUAUUGUUCAUCUUGGCCCUUCAGAUAGCUGUUGACUGUCCAAGAACAGUACCUGAUGUCACCUUCUUUCAGCACGCACUGGUUCAAAAAUCCUUAGAACGCAUCCUUUAUACAUGGUUAGAUAGCCCGUCCCUUCUUUUUUGUUCUGGUUACAUUUAGUAGUGUCAUAGAUGAGCAUGAUGCAGAAAUAAAAACUUUCAACUAGCCUGUUCGUGGUUUUCUAUUUAUAGAAUAGAUGUUAUUUCUGUUUAAUUUGUAUUCGUCAGCAGGAUGGCCGCUGUGCAAAAUUUCAUUGCUGCUGUUUUCCAAUGAUUUCAAAGCUAAUCAUAGCGAUUUUACUUCUUUCCUCAUUUUGUGAAAUGUCUUAGCUUUCCUUUAUCCUGGAUCCAGAACUCGUGGGCACAGAUAUACAGAAAUAGUGGAAUAAUGCGUUAUAGACCUUAAAAAGACGAUCUUUUCACAUUGAAAUGUCGUCUAUUUUAUCUGUUUCCAUCUCAUUUUUUAUCAAAUAUAGUCUCUCGUAUCUUUGUUCAUUGAUGUAGCUUGUAGACCAUCUCAAACCUCCUGAAGAGUGAAGAAAUAGAGUGCAUGAUAGCUUUCCUUCAUCCUUGCCACUUUCUCAAGAGGUGGCGCUUGUCCUAGAUUUAGAACUUGUGGGCACAGAUAUACAGAAAUUGUGGAAUUAUAGAUCUUAAAAGGACGAUCUUUUCACAUUGAAAUGCCGUCUAUUUUAUCUGUUUCCAUCUCAGAUUUCUUAUAUAUUUUAUGUUGUGCCAAUCCAACACAAGUUUUUAUUUCUUUUGUUUUAUGGGAUUUGUUUUCAUAUAAUUCAUAUUGAUAAUGGUGUAUUGACCAAAUAUAAUUCGAUUGUAAAUUUUUUAUCAAAUAUAGUCUCUCGUAUCUUUUGUUCACUGAUGUAGCUUGUAGAUCAUCUCGAACCUCCCGAAGAGUGAAGAAAUAGAAUGCAUUAUACCUGGUGCAUUUUUAUACGGCAUCAAUAUCUGUUUAUUUUUCCAUGAAAUAAAUCAUCCGUGGUUGAUUUUCAGGGCUAUUCGUCAUCCUGCUAGUGGAUAUGUUCAGGGGAUCAAUGAUCUCGUGACGCCAUUCCUAAUAGUCUUCUUGUCAGAACAUCUCAGUGGCAAUGUAGAGGAUUGGUCAAUUUCAGAUCUUUCUCCAGAUAAGAUAUCUAAUGUGGAAGCAGAUUGUUAUUGGUGUCUCUCCAAGUUGCUCGAUGGCAUGCAAGAUCACUACACAUUUGCUCAACCAGGGAUUCAGCGUCUUGUCUUUAAGCUGAAGGAGCUUGUUCGUCGGAUAGAUGGUACUUCUCUCCUCCACUCUCCCCUUCUUCUACAGCUCUUCCUUCACUUAAUGUGAUCUUUCUCUAAUGAAUGCGAUAAUCAAUGACAUUGAAAAGCUUGGAACCAAACAGAAAGGGGAUUUCUCACCGGCUUGUUUGAUCAUCUCUUUCUCUUUAGUUUUAUUACUUUAUAAGGCCACAGAUGAUCUAGCUGACCUCAUCUCUUUGUCCGGCACAAGAACCAGUUUCAAAACAUAUGGAAGAACAAGGGCUAGAGUUUCUUCAGUUCGCUUUCCGAUGGUUCAACUGCUUGCUGAUCCGUGAGGUGAGCCUUUUUUGGAGAAACUUCUAAGUUUUUUCCAAAAAUAAAAAAUAUAUGCUUUUUUUCUUAAUUUAGAUAAACUUAAAUCUUGAAUCAGAUCCCCUUCCAUCUGGUUACUCGUCUGUGGGACACAUACUUGGCGGAAGGGGAUGCUCUGCCAGAGUUCCUCGUGUACAUAUUUGCCAGUUUCCUUCUUACUGUAAGUUUGAUCUUCCUCGACCUCUUCUUGCAUGUUAGCUGGGUUAAUUCUUUACGCUUUGCUGCAUUACUGGGUUGACAUCGAGUUUAGUCACCAUCAAGAUUGUGCCGCGUGUGCACCGAGACAGUAGCCUUCCUGCCUUUCUUGAAGAGGGGGGGUAGUCAUUUUCUCAAACAGGUGUUGAGCAGAAGGCCGGCGACGGCUCCCUCUUCUUUUCCCUGGCAAAAUUUGCUUCUUUUCUUGCUUGAUCUUGUCUGAAAUGCCUUUCGAAUGGAACCCACCCGCCCACUUCCCUCCCAACAUCACUGCGAUUUGCCUUCCAAAAAAGGGUUGAUCUUGGGUGGUCAGGUGAAGAGGGAAGCGAGAAAUGAGGCUGUUCCUUGUGUUGUUGCAGUGGUCGGAUGCCCUCCAGAAGUACGAUUUCCAGGAGAUGGUGAUGUUCCUUCAGCACCUCCCUACGCACGGCUGGACCCACCAGGAGCUGGAGAUGGUCCUCUCCCGGGCGUACAUGUGGCACGCCAUGUUCAACAGCUCCCCCAGCCAUCUGGCCAGCUGA